AUGGUCGACGGGGCGAGUGCGACACACCGCGACAGCUCUGUUGGUAACUGUUUUGGUCGGUGGAUGUGGUCUGCGGUGGGUGCGUGUCCGCGCAGCCGGCACCGCGAGCGGCGCAGGGUCAUUGCGGCCGUGCGUGUGGCGCUGCUCGUGGUGUUGGCGCUGGUUGCGGCGGCGUGGAUGCCCGCGGUGCAUGCGGUGGUGCUGCGACUGCGGGGCGGCACGGUGGACAGAGCCAUCACGGUUGGCCGCGCCGUGGGCACGGUGCUGAUGGACGGCGUGUCCAUCACGAACGGCGUGGCUGUUGUGUUCGACGUUGCGGCGAUGCUUCCCGGCACACUGCGCAUCGAACUGAGGAACUGCGUGUGCGACGGCGGUGCGCAGAUCUACGUGCGGGGCCACAGCGGCGAGCCGGCGAGUGACCGGAGCCUGGAGGUGAGCGUGAGCGGGCUGUCUGGGGGCUACUGCUCGCUUGUGUUUGUGCACAACCUGCCGGCACACACGAACGUGACGGUCCGUGACUCGACGAUUGUGACGCCGGGGCCGAUGCGCUACUCGCAGCUGAGCGGGCUGACGAACGCGGUGGCGUCGCCGCUUGUGCUGCACGCGACGUCGCUGUUGCAGUCGCAGCUGCGUGUGAGCAGCACUGUGCUGAGGUCGUUGCAGGCGGGCGGGUCGGCGGUGUACGUUGGCGGCGGCGCGGAACUGCUGUCGAGCGCGGUAGUGCUUGACGGCGUGUCGCUGGAGGCGUCGGGUGGUCAGACGGCGUCCGCGAUGCAUGUGGCGUCCUCGUCGCGUCUCAGUCUGCGUAACCACUCGGUGUUCUCUGUGACGAACGUUUCGGUUGUGAGCAGCGGCGGCGGCAUUGUGCUUGGCGAGCGCCUUGCGGUGCUUGACUCGGUGCUGCGCUUUGUGCGCGUCGAGGGGUCUGUUGCGUCGUCGCUGGUGCGCUGCGACGGUGGGACGGUCGGUGUCGGCGGGUGGCUGGAGCUGCGCGACGUGUGGGCGGUGGGUGAGGCGUCGUCUGUGGCGUCGCUGUCGGGGGUUACGCUGAGCGGCGGCACCGUGUCGAUUGCGCGCUGCACUGCCGCCGGCGCGACGCUCUUCUCCGGGCCGACGAUCACGAGCGGCGCCGUGUGGGUGCAGUGCAACCGUGCUGGCGGCCGGGUGCUGCAGAGCAGCGGCGACUACCGCUCUGCCGGCCUGCCCUCCGUGAGCGUGGUGCCGUGCGACGGCUGUGCGGCUGCGCUGGCGUGCUUCGAUGCGCUGACUGCUUCGUUCUCCGACUGUGUGUGCAGCUGCCGCGCCGGCGGUGUGGGCGAGGCGUGCCUGCCGUUCGACGUGCCGCCUGCGAGGGCCGGUGGUGGUUCGCAGGACUGCGUGAGUGGCGUGACGCUGACGGAGUCCGUGACGGUUGGCGGUGGGCGUGCGACGGCGUGCUUCGACUCGGUGGUGUUCAGCGGGUCAAUCACUGUGACGGUGGACCUGCGCUCGAUGGAUGCGUUCGCUGACGCGCUGAACGUGACGCUGCGACACUGCGUGCUUGCGGGCGGUGUGCGGCUGCGGAUUGGUGGCCUCAGCGAGAGCACGGCGCGCCUGAUGCCCCGCGCUCUCGUCAACAUGACGAACGUGACGUUGCUGGAGGGAACGGUCGUGCUGCAUGGCGCGAUGCCGCUGCACUCGAGUGUGCUGAUGGCGAACUCAACGCUGCGUGCGACAGUUGGCGGGUCGCGGUACGUGCCGACGACACCUGGCCAUGCGGGAUUGAGGUGUGGCCCCACGCUUGUCCUGGACGGCGUCCGGCUUCUGUCGACGCGGUUUGUCAUGACGCGGUCGACGCUGGUGUGUGGCGGCGCCUCGUGCGCUACGUUCCUCGUGGAGCGCGGCCUUGGCGUGAACCUGUCCAGCGUCUUCUACAUGGACAACUGCGCUGUUAUUUCGGAGACGUACGUGAUGUACGCUCUUGCGUCGGACCUGCGUGUCAGCGGCGGCUCCGUGUUCUCCAUACAGAACAGCUCAUGGAGCGCGCUGAGCAUCGAAUACUACAAAGGUGCGUGUGUGUUUGAGGACGUUGCGGUGGAUGGCGGCAGCGUGCUGCAGGUUGUGUCCGGCACGUUCCGUCUCGGCUUUGCCAUGCUCAUCACAAACGUGCUGGCCGUGACUGGUGGCAGUUGGCUCGUGCACCGCGGCAACGAGUUCCGCACCGCCUACGUUUUGUACGUGGCCGACGAGAAUGGCGUUGCGUUUUGCGAUCGGAGUGUGUGGUCAAUACUUCAGAACGACUUCACGUAUGGCUCGUACUCGUCAUCCAUUGUACGUAUGACAAGCAAGUGGUUACCACCAUCCGACUCGCGCCUGACCAUCUACGGUGUGUGCAACGAGGCAAAAGGCUCUCAUGUGACAGAUUACGGAGAAGACCUCAAUAUUGGGACGCCCGUGACGGUGUUGGACUGUGGCGUGUGCACUGUGGACGCCGAGUGCUUUGCAGCGAGGACGAGCGGCAUCAGCGGCUGUGAGUGCGUUUGCGCUGCUGGUGGCUACGGUGGCACUUGUCUACCAGCUGCGGUUCCGGACGGCCUUGGACCGUUCCCGCUCUCAGAUGCGAAGGACACGGAGGUCCGCUGCGUGCACGGUGGCAGCAUCAGCUCCGUGGACUAUCCUGAUCCCGGUGUGCGUGGUCUGUGCUUUGUCAACGUGACUUUCACCGCCGCGAUCGUGCUGGACCUCUCGCGUUUCGACGCACCGGAGCAGACACUCAACAUUACGCUGCUGCAGUGCGUCCUCGUGGGCCUGUCGGUCAGGGGGAGUGGUGGGCGUGUGCACGUGAGCGUGACAUCUUCGAUGCUGGAUUCUGGUGAGUUGGAGUUCAGGGGUUAUUUUGGCACUGGAUCCCAGAUAAUGGUGGCGGGCAGUGCGAUUGUGUCGACGUUGAGCUACGCUAUUGCCUUCUCGGAUUUUUUUCUCGGUGCGACCUCGACGCUGUUGCUAAUUGAAAACCGCAUCGAGGGGAAUAAUAACGCAGUCUAUAUAUCCGACACUGUUGUUGAUGGUGGCGGAAUCAUUGUGAAGGGAAACACGCUGUUAUCAACGGCGGAUGAGGACGAAGUGCAGACGGCCGCUUUUGUUGGAAAUAUUGAUGUGAUGAAGGGCGGCUACAUUGACGUUGAGAACAACACGAUGAGCUCGGCUAAUGGCAUUUAUUUUUUUGGGGAUACAAACGUGGGCUCCGCGGGGCUGCUGAGAGUGGCGGACUGCACUCUUUUUGGCAGAGCGGGGUCUUUUUUUCCCGCGCUGUUGUAUUUGGAAGGCUCUGUGACACUUCAGGGUGGUGCGCAGUGGCGUGUGGAGGGCAACAGCGUGAGCGCAGCCUCCCUAAUAACUAUGGAAGAUACCCUGCACGAAAUUCUUUUGUCGGGCAGCGGCACUACUGUGGCGCUCGCACACAACCGUCAGGUGGACGGGAGCAUUGUCUUUUGCAACCUUUUUGCGUCGAGCAUUGUCGUGAAGCCGCCUGCGCGGUUGGUCGUUGGGUGCAACCCGCAGGGCGAUGAGGCGUCGUACGACGAUGUGUUUCCGGAGGGCGUGGUGGUGUUCGGGUGCGGCACGUGCAACGACGACGCGGCGUGCUACAUGCCCGGGACGGAGUCGGUGGACCGCGGCUCGUGCUCGUGCAGCUGCAAGGACGGAUGGCAUGGCGCGUCGUGUCUUCCCUUCGAGGUGCCCGACACGGUUGUGCCGCCCUUGCCGGAGAGAGCCGUCGACGGCGACACGAGCUGCGUGGUGAACCAGACGCUGAUGAGCCUUACGCUGAACAUGUGGAAGACGCACCACUGCUACGUGGGCGUGACAUUCAGCGGCGUGGGUGCUGUGCUGACGUUUUUUCUUGACAGUAUGCCGCUGCAUCUCCCCAUUAACAUCACGAUCACUGGGUGCACAUUUCUUGAGGGUGCCGCGCUGCAGUUUGUUGGGGGUGCUGAGGCGGCCGAGUCAGCCGGCGUCCUGAUCCGUGUGAGCCAGACGGUGAUGCGGUCCUCCGUUGUCGCCUUUGCACUUGCCUUCCCGCAGCUCUGCGACAUCGCCGUCACGGAGGUUGACGUGGUGCAGUCAUCCGCGGUCCAUUUGCCGGACACCGUGAACAACAUGUGUAGCGUAUUGUUGCUGCACGACGUUGUGUUGACUGCUUCUUCACUGUUGGUCAGCAACGUCAGGGCGCAUGCCUUGAGGUACGGUGGUUUUGGUUUGUACUCGUUCGGUACGCUGACGCUGGUGGGUGGCAGCUCGCUUUACGCGCGGUACUGCAGCUUUGAUGGGUACAUGCAUCUGUUGUACGUGUACAUCCUCAGUGCGAGUGACCACUCCGUUUUUGCGCUGCUCAACAAUACGAUGGCCUCCGGGACAAGCUUCCUGUAUCAGCACCACGGAGUUAGCGUGUCGGAUCACAGCGUGUUGCGCGUGGUGGGGAACAGCGGUAUCGUGGCCUGCGCCAUCUACGCAUAUAAUUUUUGGAGCGUCCAGGAGUCAAGCUGGUUGGAUUGGCGCGACAACGAUGUGGGAAUGGGUGCGAUGUUGCAGUUUUUUUUGCUUGAUGCUAGUAUUAGAAUCGACAGUAGCAGUGUGGUGACGCUGACGGGCUGCAAUAUGGGCUCGACGGGGUUGUCGAGGCCUCUGCUAUCGCAGGCUGGGGACGGCUACCGGUUCGUUGCUGGGUGUCUGACGGUUCUUGGACGACUGGUGACGACGGCGGCAGAACUGGAGCUGAACGGCAUCACCAACGUGACGACGGUUGCUGCGUGCGGGGAGUGCACGAAGGACGGCGACUGCUUUGCACCGCUGACGACGGCGGUCAGCGACUGCGAGUGCCAGUGCGCUGCAGGAGGACACGGCGAUGUGUGCGUCCCGGCGCCUGUGCCUGCUGGCCCGCCGCCGCCACCGCCGCCACCAGUGCCGCCCACACCGCCACCGCCGCCGGUUGGUGAGUGCAUCAGCGACAUGGAGUACCCCGAGGUGGCGCAGACUGUGGGCAGCGGGCUGUCGUGGCUGUGCUACCGCAACGUGACGUUCAGCGGGGGUGGGAUGUUCCUGACGGUGCUGAUUGGGGGGAUGACGGGCGACGUGGCGAGCGUCACGUUCGAUGGAUGCACGUGGAGGGACGGCGCCGUGCUGUUGCUGUUGGGCAAUGCGUACGCCGCUGUGGGGUCGCUGAAAAUCGUCGUUACCGGCAACACGUUCCAUGACGCGUUGCUUAGCCCGGAGGGUGGGUUCCCACCGCACACAGACAUCACGGUCAGCGGGAACCGCUUCACGGUCACGAGGCUGAUUUUUCGUUUGGGUUUGGUCAUUGACAGACCGUCGUGUGUUGCGAUGAAUGAGCUGGCGAUCAGCAACGACUCCGCGGUGGUGUUUACUGGCAAUGUGUUUCAGACCGUGGCGACGUCGUCAAGCGCCAUUAAAGUUGUCAAAUAUGCGCUUAGGGUGAUGUGGCACUCCGUGUUUGCGGUGUUGGGCAACGUGUUUCACAUGACUGGCGGCGACAGUACGCUGAUACAUCUUGAAGGUUAUACCGAAUUCUUGUCGCUGUGUGUACUGAACAGCUCUGCUGUGGUGAUCCGAGGCAACGUUGUGACGAGGCCGGUGCAGUACUUCAUGCUGUUUCUUUGGGUAUUUUGUGUGGAGUCCCAGUCAGCGGUUGUUUUUCGGGACAACGACAUGCAAGGAAGCUCGGCUGUUUUCUUUUCAAGCCACUCUUCCUACAUUUACUACAACUCCUGGCUGCAGUUGAGCGGCAACGUCUGCCGCGUGUCCCCAGUGGGUGCUUUUGCUGUUUUGAGCCCCGAGGCGAACCUCCGCGACUCCAUGGUGUCCGUGUCCGGCAACCGAUUCAUGUCCUGCACGGUCACGCCAACAAUGCUGCAGAUACCCUCAUUUUCUAGCGACCUCACAAACGGAGCGAUUUUGGCCGCGUGCAACAGUGUGAACGGCGUGGAGGAAGCGAAAUACGUUAUCCCGUCCGUGUACAACGCCACCGUCCUGACCUGCAGCGACCCAUGCACCCUCGCGGCGUUGUGCUUCCCCGCGUACACGACGACGGCCUUGAGUGAUGGCUGCGCCUGCACGUGCGCUGAGGGCGGCCACGGCGAUGCGUGCCUGCCCGUUGCUGUUCCCGAGCCACCGAGCACCGACGGCGCGGACUUGUGCGUGCGGGACGUGCGUGUGGGUGUGGAGUUGAACGCCGGUCUCGGGACGUCGGUGGUGUGCUACGUUGGUGUGACCUUUUUGGCGGACGCUGUGGUGGACGUGCCGUCGAUGUCAGGGAGCGUGCGCGGGGUGGAAGCAAAAACGCUAUUCGCGGCUAGCGCGUGGUGCUCCGCCGAAAAAAAAAAAAAAAAAAAGAAACGUGUGAAAUGA